AAUACCAGGCACAUGGUUCAACUGGGACGCCACACUCAAUAUGGCAGACGCAGCGUUGCGUAAUGACGUCAGGUUUUGUUGACGUCCAGUGUCGCUUCGCUGUCAACCUGAGAGGCAGAAAAGGGAAAAGACACGGGUUGUUGUGCCCCCUAACUCAGAGCAAUCUCCAGCAUGGCAUUGAGAGGCGCUGUGUGCCGUCUCUUGGUCAACCCUCAGAGAUGUGCCAUCGUCUCAGCUUGCAGGGCACAGGGAACCGCAGCACCUGCCAGAUGGGAUGCAGAGAAAACCGUGCAGAAGUCUAAAGCGCCUAAGGUCCAGUUCAACUGGCUCGAUGCCCUGGACCUGGAGGGCCAGCUGACGGAAGACGAGAUCAUGAUCAGAGACUCCUUCCGGACGUACUGCCAGGAGAAACUCAUGCCUCGCAUCAUUAUGGCAAACAGAAAUGAAGUGUUCCACAGAGAAAUUGUGUCAGAGAUGGGAGAGAUGGGUGUCCUGGGCCCAACCAUUAACGGUUAUGGCUGUGCAGGGACGAGCUAUGUGGCCUAUGGUUUGAUUGCCAGAGAAGUAGAGAGAGUGGACAGUGGCUAUCGCUCAGUCAUGAGUGUGCAGUCGUCACUGGUCAUGCACCCCAUUAAUGCCUAUGGCACAGAGGAGCAGAAACAGAAGUACCUCCCCAAGCUGGCUCGUGGAGAGAUCCUGGGUUGCUUUGGUUUGACGGAGCCUAACCAUGGCAGUGACCCCAGCAGCAUGGAAACCAGAGCCAAAUACAAUCCAUCCAGUCGCACCUACACUCUCACUGGCUCAAAGACCUGGAUUACGAACUCUCCAGUGGCAGAUGUCGCCGUAGUCUGGGCCAAAUGUGACGACGGGAAGAUCCGUGGCUUCAUCUUGGAGCGUGGCAUGAAGGGCCUCUCAACACCAAAGAUUGAGGGAAAGUUCUCCCUGAGAGCCUCCGCCACUGGUAUGAUCCUCAUGGAUGAGGUGGAGGUUCCCGAGGAGAACCUGCUGCCUAACGCCACCGGCCUUGGGGGUCCUUUUGGCUGCUUGAACAACGCUCGUUAUGGUAUUGCAUGGGGCGCUUUGGGUGCUGCAGAGUUCUGUUUCCACGCAGCCCGACAGUACACACUCGACAGAAUCCAGUUUGGUGUGCCACUGGCAAGGAACCAGCUGAUGCAGAAGAAAAUGGCCGACAUGUUGACAGAGAUCACCAUCGGCCUACAGUCCUGUCUGCAACUGGGAAGACUCAUUGAUGAGAAAAAAGCAGCCCCAGAGAUGAUAUCCAUGCUGAAGAGGAACAGCUGCGGUAAAGCCCUUGACAUAGCCAGACAGGCCAGAGACAUGCUGGGAGGAAACGGCAUCGCAGACGAGUACCACAUCAUCCGCCACGUCAUGAACCUGGAGGCUGUCAACACAUAUGAAGGUACUCAUGAUAUCCAUGCCCUGAUCCUGGGCAGAGCCAUCACGGGGCUGCAGUCCUUCACCGUGGACAAAUAAACCAACAGGACCCUGCUGUUAGAAAUGUAACAGGCGUGUCAACUGUUCAGCAGUUUUCAGAUUAUUUUAAUGAAUUCUUACCUGUGUAGUAACAAUGUUUGUUUUCUCUCAGGUUUGUAGAGUAUAUAUUUGAGUGCUACAUUUUGAGUCUCUUGCUGAACUUGCUUACUGUUGUGAAGUGUCAUUAAUUCAGAUGUUGAGUCUUCAACCUAAAAAGGGCUAUUUUUCUACUCUUAAUCACAAAACCAUAGCAGAGAUUUCUUUUUCCCCUGCCUGUUUCCCAGUUGUAUAGACAGAGUAAAAUUCAUUGUAUAGACUUUCAUGGACACUACUGCGGUGAAGUAUUAACAGUUCUGAGUGAGACUUGCUGCUGGUUACUGAUGUAUGCAACGUUAAUACUGUAAUUAUAAAGCAAAGCAUAAAUGGCCACAACUUGUUUGGAAUUGCCUGUGAAGCUUUUUUGUUUUUGAUGUGAUUCUGUUAUGCAGACGUUGUCAGUGUAAGAGGUAAGAUCAGUUACUAUGGUUACAUGCACCAUGGUGAUGAACCUGUAGCACUUCCACUAAGAUGUCAUAACUUUGCAUGGUUUGCCAUGGUCCACAAUGUUGUUAAAUAAAAGUUAUACAAAUA